AUGAAGUUUGUUUGGGUGAAACAUGAUGACUCAGCAUCUGAGAGGAGGCAGGUGUUUGUGCUUUAUAAAGAAGCUUUGCUGAAGAGGCUGUUUGCUCCGCUUGACACGGACUCCAAUAAACCUGGAGCCCAUCUGAGAGUGAAAAAGAUCCUUGUCAGUGGAAUCAAAGAGGACACAGAGGAGUAUCAUAUCAGAGAGCACUUUGAGCGCUAUGGGAAAAUAGAGAUUAUUGAUAUAAUGGAGGAGCGUUCAACUGCGAAAAAGAGAGGAUUCUGCUUCGUCACCUUUGAUGAGCACGAUACUGUGGAUAAAACUGUUGAUCGCGGUGGAGGCAAUUUCAUGGGCAGAGGAGGAAACUUUGGCAGAGGAGGGUAUGGAGGAGGCCGGGGUUGCUGUGGAGGAGGAGAUGGAUACAAUGGAUUUGGUGGAAACUAUGGUGGGGGUCCUGGCUGUGGAGGUGGACGUGGAGGAUACGGUGGCGGUCCUGGAUACGGUAACCAAGGUGGAGGGGGCUUUGGAGGAUAUGACAACUACAACGAUAGAGGAAAUUUUGGAGGUACUUUAUCAUUUAAGCAAAGACAAAUUGAGCGGAGGCCUCAGAUCCAGAGUUACAUGGUGAUGAGGAGAGAUGAGAGGAGUGGGAAGGAAAGGAAAGAUUACUGA